GGAGGGGAAAGGUUUGCCCUUCACCCCUCUCCUGUGGACCUCAGAGCAUUGGAGGCUCAGAGAGGAAAAACACGAAGAUGAAGAAGCUGUUGGUGUUUCUGCUCUGCCUGGUCGUGCUGACCCUUCAGACAGACGCGAACCCGGUCAUCAAGGAGAGCUUUGCAAAGCAGCUGCUGCGCAGCAAGAGGCAGGAGCGGCCGAUGAAGGCCGGCCACCCCGACGAGCCCAUGAGGGAGCAUCUGCUGCACAUGCAGGCUCUGGACCAGAGGGCCCAGGAGACCAACCUGGAGUACUGGCUGAAUCCGCACUGCCCCCCACGCUGUGACAGGAACUAUGGACACCCAGUUUGAGGAAGAGGAGGAAGAAAAACCCACGCGUGACCAGGACUCAGCAGUGAAGACAACCGAAUGAAAAACCUUUUCUUCUUUUUAUGUCAACUUUAUGAGAAGAUGUAAUCCCAGAAGCUUUAUUUGGCUGCAUUAGACGUCCCUUUACCUUUAUUCCCAUAGAUGUGCUUUAAAUACAUACAAUUCAAGUCAUAAUAAAAUCGCGAAACUUCA